AUGCCGUUUUCAACUUAUGUUCUAGACAAAAUUAUAUCAUAUUCUUCUUCCUCAUAUCUAUCUAUCUAUCUAUCUAUCUAUCUAUCUAUCUAUCUAUCUAUCUAUCUAUCUAAUUGUCUCUUUCACUUUCUAUCUAUCUAUCUAUCUAUCUAUCUAUCUAUCUAUCUAUCUAUCUAUCUAUCUAUCUAUCUAUCUUGCUCUGUCUACUAUCUAUCUAUCUAUCUAUCUAUCUAUCUAUCUAUCUCUCUAUGUAUCUCUCUCUCUAUGUAUCUCUCUCUCUAUUCAAAAGCAGACGUCUCAAUUAUGCUUAACCUCAUCUCUCUCUUUAUAUCUAUCUAUCUAUCUAUCUAUCUAUCUAUCUAUCUAUCUAUCAGUAUAUGUGUGUUUGAGGAUGUGUAUAUCCUUUUUUAUAUAUUUAUCAAUCUGUGUACAUUGUUUUGCAUAAGUAUUUAA